UCGAAGAUAUUAGGAAAAAGUCAGAAUUUUCUUUAAAAUUAACUAACCUCCUACUUGACACAAAUGGGCGCUAUUUAAUCUCUAUCGAAUCUAUGGAAGUAGCAAAAAAUGGAGAAACAUAUUUCCUUGAUAGGAAACGAUUAAUCUGGACUGAUCCUAAUGUAAAACUUUGCUUUAAUUGUCAAGUUCCAGGUCACCAAUCGCAGAAUUGUCGUAAAAAUCAUUCAGCUCCACAAGACUGA